AUGCUGUUUAUCCGUGAGCAGCUUGUCGUUGAGCGGACCAAUGGCAAGUUCACCUCGAAACCGCAUUCCCACAAGAGACCAAACCAGUCGGUAAACACCUUGAAGCUCGACAAGAUGCUGUUUGUGGGAUUCUGGAUGAUGGCCACGGCCUCAGCCGUCGUUAUACUUCCAGGGGGAGAACCAAAGCCCUACACAAGCCAGUAUCCGAUCUUGGCAACAACAGAAGACGCCUACUUUCGUGAAUCCGCCCCCAAUGAACUUCGGAGCGUCAACAACACCAUCAAGGUGAUUCUGAGCUCACACUCGACCACCAACAUAUCCAAUGAUUCCGGGCUGUAUCCUUCUGGUGACUCUUUCAUUCGCGGCGCAAUACAGGCGUGGGGUGAGCAUUUGCACCUGGUCGUGCGCCCCGAAGAGGUUUGGUUCACCAUUUUGGUGCAGAUGAACUUUUAUAUGACAUCUCAUGCCGAGGAAGUUCGAGAGCUAUUCGUCAAUCACCAAGGACAACGGGAGAUUCUCGUCGAGGAUCUCACAUGGUACCGCAUUUUAAGCCGUUUCAGAACAGAAAUUCAAGCGAGAGUCAAAACCGAUUGGUUGAUGGACUGGAUCAUGCCCAACUUCUCAACAACAACCGAGAGCGACGUCAUGACGGCCAAUAUCCUAAUGAUGGGUCUGACCAAAGCCUACUUCAAAUACAUUGGAAAGCCUGUCUGUGGUCUACCAUCGGUUACGCUGCUCGGCGAGCUUUCAGACUGGCAGAAGAUCCUAGCAAAGCUCGACCGUCUGCCUGACUUUGGCCCGGAGCCAGAAGAAUACAAGGCCAGACUCCGUCCUAUUCUUUCGAGAUUUGUCACAAGCUUCGAACAGCCCGAUUCACCCGCCACGCAAGAGUUUUGGAACCAAAUUGUGACAGGAAGAGCGGGCAAAGUGUGCGGAUCACCGCCAGUAUUUCUCUCUGGAUGGAUCACGGGCUUCUUUUUCUGGAACGAGAACGGCCAGGCUUUCGCGCGUCAAAAAGGCGACAUGUUGACACUUGAUGGCAUCUCCUAUCCCGUUCUUGACCUCGAAUUUGCACCAGUGGGAUACGCAAGAGCCCCAUUUGUGAUGCGGAACUACCAAGGUCAAGGGGACUUCCCUGCAUACGUCGCGGCUGGCAAUCUAGGGAAGCAGGUCACAGCCGGUCCCCCGGCCGGGUACAAGGAGGCGUUGCUGAGGACUGGUGGCAAUGUUAGCCUUGCCGACGACAAGGCUAGGCAUGCGACUCUGAGGCCCUUGAGUGCAUGGAUGCUGUACGGCCCCCUCAGUCAUGAGCCCCGAUCAGGUUGGUUCAAGGAGGAUGAGUUGAUGGAUAUUCAGAUGAGUGUCAAAAAGUACAUGACUGGAGACACGUGUGGUUUGCUGGCCGCUCCUUGAUGUCAGUUAUUGUUAGUUUUCACAGCCCCAAAACAGUGUGGCUCUUUAUCCUGCACUGGCUUGAAACUGCCUCAUCCCAUGUCUGCCUUGAACUCAUGGUGCUGAGGACCCGCUCAUACAUUAUAUUGGCCAUCCUGAAACAUGAACGUAUAUUUGGGGCUUCUGCUGGGUCAGCUUCCAAUUCCGAGGCCUCUUGAUAUCUUUACUCGCUACCAUACUCUGGGACUACUCCUUACGGCAAAGUUCAAAGCAAAACUGUGCCACAGUUCUAGCCAAGUCAUUCGACAACCUGCGACCAUCACAGUCAGUGCACAUCUAGGCGCUCAUGGCCCCUGCUUUGUCAGAGGCUUGCAGUGUCCCCAACUAUUGAAUCCUUUGAUCCUUCGCCAUUAGCCGUGCAAAAAAGGUAUAGCUACUUCGCC